GCUUGAGCUUCAGCAGAAUUCGAAAUGGCUGGCGGUAAGGCUGGGAAGGACUCCGGAAAGGCCAAGACAAAGGCAGUUUCCCGCUCGCAGAGAGCCGGCUUACAGUUCCCAGUUGGCCGUAUUCAUCUACACCUGAAAUCUAGGACGACCAAUCAUGGACGUGUGGGCGCGACUGCCGCUGUGUACAGCGCAGCCAUCCUGCAGUACUUCAACGCAGAGGUACUUGAACUGGCAGGAAAUGCAUCCAAAGACUUAAAGGUAAAGCGUAGUACCACUGGUCACUUGCAACUUGCUAUCUGUGAAGAUGAAGAAUUGGAUUCUCUCAUCAAGGCUACGAUUGCUGGUGGUGGUGUAAUUCCACACAUCCACAAAUCUCUGAUUGGGAAGACAGGACAACAGAAGACUGUCUAA